CUGGGCUCUGGCUCAGUCAAAACAAGAUGUUCAGGACUGUUCUGUGACUAUUUGUAGAACUAGACACAGGCACAGCACACCCAAGACUGUGAGCCUCCCAGUGUGUACAUGUAGGUGCAGGGAGAAAGGAGGUUUCAAAGUUGGUGCGGGUAGCAUUCCGAAUUUGCAGCUCGGGAGGUGGAGUGUACAGAGUUAGUUUUCUUUCGUACAACCCUGGCCAAAUGAAACAAUUUCCAUGGUGUCAGGACUUGCAGGCCAUAGUUCACAACAUCUAGGUUGGUGAAAAUGUUCCAAGCUUGGAAUUACUUGAUCGGCAAGGAUGAGAGUCAGGAUGGAACUGCUAUCGGUGUCGCCUAUGACAAGGAUACAGCUGUUGCCUAUGGCAAGGAUACAGCUGUUUUGGAGAGUUCAGUUGAUGGUAGUGACAGUCCUGAUGUGCGACUUGAUGCCAACGCCAGUAAGGCAAAAGGAAGGUUUCACAUUGCAGCACUCAAGAGCAUGAGGACCGAGUCUGGCAUUAGGGAAAAGCGCAGUUCGUUAAGCAAUGCAAACCUCAUGGAAGCCGAUCCAGAGCUAUGCGUCAGCUUGUUUCGCCGCUCCACCAGCUUCACAGCACUGCACAAGCGCUUGAUGAAUGCGAGCCCCGAGUGGAUUGUCAGCUUUCUGGAGAGCGAAGGCUUGGAGGCUAUCUUCGACGCCUUGGAGGCCAUCUUUCCUAAGCAUGGCACCAGCAUCUAUCUGGCAGUCAAGCAAAUGGAAUGUGUGCAGUGUGUGAAGGAUGUCUUGAAUUGCCGUGCUGGACUCGAGUUCCUGAUCAGGAACUCCAGACAGUACUGCGGGCAGUUGGCCAAAGCACUGAACACACAGAAUGUUCUUGUGAAAAAGCAAGUCCUGGAGCUGCUGGCGUGUUUAUGUGUUUACAGCAUCGACGGUUAUGAUAUUGCUCUGGACACGCUAGAAGCCCAUCAGGCACUUGUUGGCAAUCGCAAUCGCUUUGAGUCGCUCAUCACUGAGCUGGAGCAUAGCGAGAUUGAACCCUACACCGCUGUUGUUGUGCUACUUGUCAAUUGCAUCAUCAACACCGAAGAUGAACUAGAGGAUCGUCUCGAGCUCCGCGAUGAGUUUAUAGGACUGGGACUCUUGAAAGUGCUGCAGCCAUUGAGAUUCUCAGCCGACGAGGAAAUCCUGACGCAACUGGACAUUUUUGAGAAGGAGCGCGCAGAAGACCACGACCGUCUCGUCACACCGGAGGGCAUUGACUUAUCAAAUCCUACACAUGUGUUUCGAUUCGUCAAGAACCAGGUGAAUGCUACAGCGCAGGAGAGCUACUUCCUUAGUAUGCUCCAGCAGUUACUGGUGCUAGGGGACCAACGCAAUGCAGAAGACAGCAAGGAACUAAGCAGUGCCGAGGAACAGUUCCUGAACGCCAAGUGGGAGAUUGCCAGCCGUAUGCUGCAGCGCAUUGUGCAAGCGCAGAGUGUUGCCGACCUGGACGAUUCUUGUCGUUUGACCGUCGGUCAGAUGAAAGAUGCCAUUGAAAAUGUGAUGAAGCAUGUGAAGGAAGGAGAGAAGGCAGACUCAGCUGCUUCUAAGGGACAGCCUGCAGCAAAGGGAAGUCCGAAGACAAUUGGCCGAAGGCUGCAGAAGCGCAUGUCAACAAGAAGAGCCAUGCGAUCAAUGGAAAGGAGCGCAUCUGUCAUGCUUUCCACGGAUGAGGAGAGCGAUGAAGAAUUUGAGGAUGCAAUGGAUGAUAUAUCCAAUGUCACUGUGAGCAUUCCAUCCACCAAACCAUCGUCCUCUUCUUCAGUCAUUGAAGCUGAUAAUGAUGAGUCCAAAGUGGAACAAAUCAUUGGAAGUGUAUUGGCCAGUGACACUGCAGACCAUGCUGUCACCAUUGAUCAGACAGUGGAAGCAAAGGCCGAUGAUGCCGGCGAGGAAAGUUCGGUGAAGCCAUCAGAGGAGGUAGCAGAGCAGAGUGAGUGCACGGCCCAGUCCAGUCCUCCAGAGAGUGAGCCUCCGCCUACCCCCGGUGCUGCUCUACUUGAGAAGUCUGAAGAGGCAACAAACACGUCAUCACCGCCACUGAUCAAUGUCGAGGUCACAAUGGGUACUGAUCAAGAAAGUGAAGUGAAGGCUGACCAUGCAUCCUUGUUACCAAAUGAGGUUCAGUCUCCACAGCCACCAGCUGCAUCACCGCCUCCUCCAUGUACUGCUUCUGAUAAAGUCACACCACCGCCUGCGCCUCCCAUGCCCGGAAUGGGUGGUCCACCUCCGCCCCCACCCAUGCCCGGAAUGGGCGGUCCACCUCCGCCCCCACCCAUGCCCGGAAUGGGUGGUCCACCUCCGCCCCCACCCAUGCCCGGAAUGGGUGGUCCACCUCCGCCUCCACCCAUGUCCGGAAUGGGCGGGCCACCCCCGCCCCCACCCAUGCCCGGAAUGGGUGGUCCACCUCCGCCCCCACCCAUGCCCGGAAUGGGUGGCCCACCUCCGCCCCCACCCAUGGCUGGUAUUGGGGGUCCACCUGGGCCACCCCCUCCACCAGGUGCUGGUGGUCCUCCACCACCAGGCUUCUCGAUGGCUGCGUUUGGUAUGAUGGCUAACGUUGUGACGACUCCCGCAGGCCGGAAACCAGCCACUAAGCUGAAGAAGCUCAACUGGAGCAAAUUGUCUGCAAACAAGACUCACCAGCCACAAGCUGAAACAAUUUGGAAGAAGAAAAUUGACUUAGUAGACCUGAAGGAUGACCACUACAAGGCGAUUGAAGUUCUUUUCUCGGCAAAGCCGCCAGCAGCUAGCGGUGGAGCACAGAAAAAGACUGAGGAAAAGAAACCGAAAACGGUGUCUCUGGUGGACGGAAAGACGGCUCUGCAAGUUGGAAUUUUUGCACGCCAGUUCAAAAGUCCAAUGCCAGAAGUCAUCAGCUGGAUUGAGCUGUUGAAGGUAGACAAACUGGAGGUGGAUCAGCUGAAAGGAUUGGAGAGAGUUUUGCCUGAUGAGUCUACGCUUGAUUCAAUCCGUACGUAUCCCGGAGAUCAGACCAAGCUGGGGGAAGCUGAACACCUCUUCUUAGCCAUGGACAAGGUUCAAAGCAUCGGCCUUCGAGUUGAGAUCAUGAUUCUGCAACAUGAGUUCAAGGAGGGAAUCGACUUCUUGAAGCCAGAAAUACACACUCUCCUCACCUCUAUGAAAGAGCUGCUGGCAUCAGAGUGCUUGCAGAAGCUGUUUCAUUUGCUGUUACUGCUUGGUAACUUCCUCAACCAUGGUACAUUCUCUGCUAACGCUAGUGGAUUCAAGACUGAGAGUGUUUUGAAGUUUGAUGACACACGUUCCAACAAGCCACGUGUCACGUUUGUCCACUUUCUUGCCGAGCAUGCUGAGGAAAACUGCAAGGAACUGCUGCAGGUGUUCGAUGAAGUUCCAAGCCUGGCCAAGGCAUCCAAAUUGUCAUUUGACCACUUGAAUGGGAAAGUUAAGCAGUUGGAAAGCAAAAUCAAGAAGCUGGGCAAGACGCUGGAGAAUUGA